AUGCUAUCCACCCGGAUUGCACGCCCCUCGGCGCUGCAAUCGGCCCGCCUGCCGCGUGUGCUUGCCACGCCGCGGACGGCUGUGCAAGGUGCGCGCAGUGUGCACCUUGUCGCGGACAGCGCAAAGCCCGAGGGAUCGAUCCCCAAGUCGGACUCGGAGCCCUUUGUGCUGAAGCUGAGCGACGAGUCGUUCAAGAGCUUCAAGAUUGAUGCGCCCACCGACGAGAUCAAGGUGACCAAGGAGCAGCUUGUGCACCUCUACAGCGAGAUGGUCAAGAUGCGCCGCAUGGAAGUGGCUGCCGACCAGCAGUACAAACACAAGCUUAUCCGUGGUUUCUGCCACCUUUCGAUCGGCCAGGAAGCCGUUGCGGUCGGCAUGGAGGCUGCGAUCAAGCCCGAUGACAACCUGAUCACUGCGUACCGCUGCCAUACCUUUGCGGUGCAGCGUGGCGGUACGAUCAAGGGCAUGUUGGCCGAGCUGAUGGGCCGUGGCGAUGGUAUGUCGAAGGGCAAGGGUGGCUCGAUGCACGUUUACACCCCCAACUUCUUCGGUGGUAACGGUAUCGUGGGUGCGCAGGUCCCGCUCGGUGCCGGUCUUGCCUUUGCGCAGAAGUACAACAAGUCGGACCACGCGACGUUCACGCUCUACGGUGACGGUGCCUCGAACCAGGGCCAGGUCUUUGAGGCGUUCAACAUGGCGCAGCUGUGGAAGCUCCCCUGUGUGUUCAUCUGCGAGAACAACAAGUACGGCAUGGGUACGAGCGCCGAGCGCAGCUCGAUGAACACCGAGUUCUACACCCGUGGUGAUGCGAUUCCCGGUAUUCAAGUGAAUGCCAUGGACGUGCUCGCGGUGAUGCGCGGCACGGAGUUCGCGCGUGAAUACACGACCUCUGGCAAGGGCCCGCUGCUGAUGGAGCUGGUGACCUACCGCUACGGUGGCCACUCGCUGUCGGACCCCGGUACGACCUAUCGUACGCGUGAGGAGAUCCAGAAGAUGCGCAGCUCUUCGGACCCCAUCCAGGGCCUCAAGACCCAGAUCCUCGAGUGGGGCAUCCUCGAGGAGUCCGAGCUGAAGAAGGUCGACAAGGCCGCCAAGGAGGAGGUUGACAAGGCCGUCGAGGAGGCCAAGAACAGCCCUGAGCCGGAAGUCGACACGCUUUUCAAGGAUAUCUAG